AUGAAUUACGACGAUACUCGUCUAGUGGUUGGAAUAGAUUUUGGAACAACUUAUUCAGGAUUUGCAUAUGCCAAUAAAAUAAAUCCAGAAAUCAUAACGAACGACACAUGGCCGGAUCAAAUUGGUCAAUUGAAAACUAAUACGGUCCUUCAAUAUGAUGAAAAUUUUUAUCAGGUUGAAGCAUGGGGAUGUCCGGCAUUAGCAAAACGUCAGAAAAGGAGGGACCGCAGCAAUCCACCUAAACCUAUCGAAUUAUUUAAAUUACAUUUAGGUGAUAUACCCAAAGAAAAUAAACCCGUUUUACCUCCCGGCUUAAGUUAUAAAAGGGCCAUUACGGAUUAUCUUCGCGAAAUAGAUACCGUUACAACAAGAUGGCCGAAUAUCAAAUUUAUGUCUCAAGUUAAAAUUGUUAUAACGGUUCCUGCGGAAUUUUCCGAAAAAUCCAAGAGUAUUAUGAGGGAAUGUUUAUUUAACGCAGGAUUAAUUAGCGACCUUCACACCGUUCGUUUACAAUUCACAACUGAACCCGAAGCUGCUGCGAUUUAUUGUAUGAGAACUUUAGCAGAGCAUUUUGACAAUCCUAUAGGAACAUCAUUCUUGAUCGUGGAUUGUGGCGGUGGCACGGUGGAUUUAACGAGACGCAAAGUGGUUAGCGAAAAUAAAUUAGGAGAAAUAACGGAACGGACGGGAGGUUUUUGUGGUAGCGCGUACGUGGAUCAAGAAUUUAUAAAAUUCCUUGAAACCAAAGUAGGAGAAAGUGCAAUAGAAUUAUUAAGAAAGAAUAAUUACAAUCAAUUUCAAUAUCUUGUACAAGAAUUUUGUAAACAUGUUAAAUUAUUAUUUAGUGGAGAAAAAUCAUCUUACAAACCUUAUGAAUUGGAUUUAGAUGAAGCAUGUCCAGUCUUAAAACAAUAUGUUACGGGAUCAUUUAAAGAUAAUUUAGAAGAGGAAGAUUGGCUCAUCGAGUUAACUUAUAAGAAUGUUAAAGAUAUGUUUGAUCCGAUUAUAAGCAAAGUUCUUUCUCUGAUAAAAGAGCAACUUGGUUCUAGUAAAGAUAGAUGUACCGCCAUGUUUUUAGUCGGAGGUUUUAGUGAAUCAAAAUAUUUACAAUUAAAAGUCAAACAAGAAUUUAAAAGUCAAGUGCCCAUCAUUUCUGUACCAAGGCAACCGAUGGCUGCUAUUGUACGCGGUGCCGUUGAUUAUGGUCUUAACACUAAAAUUAUCAAAUCACGUGUAUUGAAGUAUACUUAUGGCACAAAAACUUCUCCUCUUUGGACUUCUGCUGAUCCUCAAACUCGUAAAAGGCCUGAUGGAAGAAUCUUUAAAUUCUUUACUUUGGCAGAAAAAGGAAAACACGUCGAUGUUGAUGAAGUAGUUUCUCAUAGUUUUAGCGUUGCACGGCCAGAGCAAACAAGCAUGGAUAUGGACAUUUAUGUAACGAGGAACGGAUCUGCAAAAUAUUGUGACGAAGAUGGCGUAGAUUUACUUGGUAAUUUCAGUGUAGCGAUGCCAGAUACAGAACUUGGUAUAAAGAGAUCAGUCUUGUAUACGCUUCGAUUCGGUGAAAUGGAAAUCAGAGCCACGGCAAAGAACAAACAAACUGGCAAAGAAUAUCAUACUUCUUUCAAACUAGAAUUUGAUUAA